UGCACAACCAAGCGACAGGAGAAUCAGUCUCUGCUGAGUGAGAUCUCAGCCCACUUCUGAUCUUUAAUAGUUUCCUGAGAAUGGGACUGAAGAAAUGGCCUAGGGCGACACCUAAGGGCCAAAAGAAAUCCUGCAUUACAACAAUACAGAAUCAGUAUAUUUUAUCCAUGAAUGACCGUGAAGAGCUGACAGCAAGCUCUGCUGCUCCUCCUCCUUCUUCUCCCGCUCCUCCUCUCUGUCCUCCUGCAUUCAUUUGAGAACAAACUUGUAGAGCUGCUAAAUGUGUCACAAGGGCAAAAGGAACGCACCUGACGUUCGUUCUUGGACCUUCCCAGCUGGAUAGGACUAGCUUCUAAUAUUUCUUUCUAGAGAGGUGGAGGAAAAGGGGAGAGAGAGAACUCUCUGGUUCAGGAGUUGCUAAAAGAAAAGAAAAAAAGUGAGCUAAAGGAGGAAUAAAUGAAGUAAUUUGGAAAGAGAGCAGGAUUUAUCCUGCGGGUGGAAAAGAACUCAUAACUAUACAUCAACUGCAUGUACAGAUCCAGGUGAAGGAUCCAAAGUGAAAGGGAAAUAAACGGGACUUUGAAAAAAAUAAAUAAAUAAAGAGGCAAAGGGCCAAAUGGGAGUAAAGGGGCCUUCAGGAAAAGGAAAUAAGCACUGAAAGGCCUGGUCCCAAAAAAGGGGAGGCUCUAAAAGACACACUGCAUUAUAGAGAAGGCAUCUUCUCUCUUCUCAGUUCAGCCUUGCAAAAGACUCUGGGUGGGAAGCAUCUACCAUGGAUUCUUGGUAUUGUUCAAAUUGUUCUUUGGGCAAUGCUACCUUCGAAAACCAGACUUCACAAGCCAACCAAACUUCAGUCAUAAAACGGAACGAGGACAUUGCCAAGGUGGAGGUGGCAGUGCUGUGCCUCAUCUUUUUCCUCGCCCUGACGGGAAACUUAUGCGUGCUGCUGGCGAUCUACACAACCCGCCACAAACAUUCCCGCAUGUACUUCUUCAUGAAGCAUCUGAGCAUUGCUGACCUAGUGGUGGCCCUCUUCCAGGUCUUGCCUCAGCUCAUCUGGGACAUCACCUUCAGGUUCAAAGGGCCAGAUUAUCUCUGCAGGUUGAUCAAAUACCUGCAAGUGGUGGGGAUGUUUGCUUCCACCUACAUGCUGUUGCUGAUGUCGCUGGAUCGGUGUUUGGCCAUCUGCCAGCCCUUGAGGUCCUUACAUCGGAGGUCUGACCGGUUGUCUGUGCUCCUCACAUGGGUGGUGUGCCUCCUCUUCAGCGUCCCGCAGCUCCAGAUAUUUUCUAUGAAGAACGUGGCCCACGGGGGGAUGGAUUGCUGGGCGACAUUCAUUCAGCCUUGGGGUCCUAAAGCCUACGUCACCUGGAUGACCUUGACUGUCUACAUCAUCCCAGUGAUUGUGCUAUGUAUCUGCUAUGGCUUGAUCAGCUUCAAAAUUUGGCAAAAUGUGAAGCUGAAAACCGUCCAUGAAACAAGUGUGAGUCUAACCUCUAGUAAUUCUCAUGGAGGCACACUCUCCAGGGUGAGCAGUAUCAAGCUCAUUUCCAAAGCCAAGAUACGGACAGUCAAAAUGACCUUUAUUAUUGUCUUAGCCUUCAUCAUGUGCUGGACUCCUUAUUUUAUUGUGCAGAUGUGGCUCGCAUGGGAUGAAAAUCCUCCAAAAGAAGAUUGGACGUUCAUAAUCACCACGCUCCUAGCAAGUCUGAACAGCUGUUGUAAUCCCUGGAUCUACAUGCUUUUCACAGGCCAUCUUUUCCACGAUCUUUUGCACCGGUUCCUUUGUUGUUCUUCACGGUACUUAAAAGCUCGGCAAGGAUGUGAUCUGAGCGUAAGCAAGAAAAGCAAUUCAUCCACUUUUGUUCUGAGUCUCAAAAGCUCCAGUCAAAGGAGUUUUACCCAGCCAUCCACAGCAUGAGCUAGAGAGAUCCAGCAUCUCUAUAGACUAUACUAAAAUGUUUGGCUACAAAUGGCUUUGGUGUCUAUCUACUUAAGAAAAUGGGGCAAAGUGAUAUGGGUGCAUGUAAGUCUGGGCAUAAAUAUACUGUAUGUGUAAAAAUGAGUGUAUUGUACGUAUAGGGUAUUUGUUUAUUGAUAUAUAAGGUAAUAGAAAGCUGGCUAUAGUCUGAUUCAAGAUAAAUAAUUUGACCCUUCAAGAACUUGGAAAUUCUAUUCCUGUCUGGCCCUGGCAGACAAAUUUGUAAUAUUUGAAAAACACUAUAUUUUGUAUAUUUGAGCCAAAUACUAGUUUCCAUGCAAAACAUACAAGGUUUGAUCACAAUGUCGAUGGAUUCCACAGAUUAAUCAAACCUACAAACUGAGCAACAGAUUACUCUUACAAAUAACAGGAACAAGAAGAAAAUAUUGUCUCCUAUUGUAAAGGCAGUAGAAUAUAAGACAAAUGAAUAUGGUGGAGUCUUCUAAAGUCAAACGACAUAUGGAGUAGAAAAAUAUUGUUACUUCUUGGACUGACCAUUCAAUCCACAACAAGCAAUUCAAAUCUUUAAACACCCCAUCAUUACCUGAACUUAUGUGAUGACUGGUGAUGGAGAAAAAUUCCAGGAGCCCAACGUGAUAACAGAAACUACAUUUGAAGAGGAAACGAUAAGUCCUGAAGUUGACUUUUAUAGAUAUUCCAUGUUUUUUUUCUUGUAGCAUCAUUCAUUUUUUUUCAGCAACAUUCCACUGUGAAAUGUUAACCCUUCAAAGACUGUCAGCAUAACAUUGUGUAUCGCUCAUUAACUGUUGACAAAUCUAACACAGCAAAAUUUAUAGAGGAUGCAGAUAGUGCUUUGUAAGAAGGAUACCAGCUAACCCAUCAUUACUGGGUGCCUCUUGCAGAAUCUAACCAGAAGGGGAAUGUUGGAAGGCAGUUUUAAGGCACACUUUUAACUUGCAGUAGACAAUAAUGACACCCAUCACUGCCCUUGUCAAUAGCUUAUACAUUCUAUAGCAUGACCCAAAAUCCCUUUCACUUUCAGAAAACAGUGAGGUUUUUUUUUUUAUGUGAUAAAUAAUAUUCCUGUAAGAGAUCAAUGAUCCAUGUGUUUCUGCUAUUAAACACAUUGCAUAUCAGUCAUUGACUGUUACCAUAGAAAGUAUCAAAUGCUUAGCCUGGACAAAAAGAAAAGUAAGAGUAGAUAGCAUAGAAAACUGUCAGAUUUGAACAAGUAUCACAGAGAAGAUGGAACAGAUUUAUAUUCUGUGGUUCAAAAAGUCAGAACUACCAAGAAUGGGUGGGAAUGCCAUUUUUGGCUAAGUAUCAAGGAAAACUUCCUAAUGUUAUGGCAGUGGAAUAAAUUGUCUCUGGAUAUGUUGAAGAUUGAAUUACUUCAAUUAUCUCUGAAAAUAUUUAAGCAGAGAGGCUCUAGAUGUAUCUCCUUUCAGCAGUGAUGUAUAUAGAUGAACUUUGGAUAUUACAAUUUUUACAAAUCGUUGAAGUGAGAUAUUACUCAAUUUUAAAUGCAAUCAUAAAAUAUUUGGACAAUAUUUAGAGACUACUGAGCAUCCAUCAAAACCUGCAAGUUGAAAUUGUUAUUCUAGAAGUUUUCCAUUUGCUAUCUGAUAUAGUUCUGCUCUUGAUUCUACUGCAUAUAUUAUUGGCUAAAUAUUUUCUGGGGAUGAACCUGGGGCUGUUUUAGCUGCAUUCCACAGAUUUUGCCUUUUUUAUUGUAAAAUGAGCUCAAAGGAUAGUAUAAGGGAGAAUUCUAAAAAAUUGUAAUGGUGACAGCUCUACAAUAAGUGUACAACACAGAUAGUCCUUGUUUAACAACAUCAGUUAGGACUAGAAUUGCCAUCGCUAAGCAAUAUGGUCUGCAGGGUCAUGUGACUGUGCCACCUAUCAAUAGCAGUGCUGACAGUCCUGGUGGCAAUUGUUAAGUGAUGACUAUACAGAUCAUUAAGCAAGGACCUCAUGUAAUUGUGACUUCCAACUUCCUGCCAGCUUCCCCAUUGACCUUGUGGGAACCAGCAGAAAAGAUUUGAAAUUAUGAUCACAUGACUGUGGCUUGCUUAACAUUGUAAUUGCAAGCCAGGGGACCAAAUGUUCACAAUCAGGUGACAGUAAGGAUGCUGUGAUGGCUGGAACUGAUGGCAUAUUGUGGUAUGCUAGAAGCUAAAGCUCACAUGUUCCCAGGAUGUCUAAGCCCUUGAAACAACUGAUUUCCUUAAGUUGAUGAAUUGGACCAGUUGUAUCAGUGAGCCCUUUGCAUUUUUUUUUUUUAGGAUUAUUCAGAAAAAUCUACAUAUUUAACACAAGUAACUCCAUUUACUAUGACUAAUAGUAGUAAAAAUAGUUCUCAUUUUUCUUAUAUAUCCACAAAACCCCCUGGAAAAUAUUAUGCCAUUCAGAAUUUAGUCAUUUGAUUUUAAUGAGGUAAAAAAGUUGGCCAACUGAAAACUGUAGAUGGACCCUGAGAAACAGGAGCAGAAUGGUGUUUUCCAUCAGAAGCUCCAUGUGGCAUCCUAACUGAGGUUUUGAAAUAGGAAUCGGGAGACCUGGUUCAAAUCCACCCUCCAAUACAAAUGCACCCAAAUGCAUGAUUGGGCUCAGUCAUAUCUCAGCCUUAUCUUUGGGUCCAGCAUCUAUUUCGCUAGGCUGAAGGGGAUACUGUGUGUGAGUGGAUUUCUGUUGGGAAGGGAAGUUGUCCUAUUUCAGGCAGAGGGAAUUUCAUCCCAUUCAUGUUGUUCAAGAAUCCCACCCUUCAGAGAAGUUAUUAUGUCAUGAAGAAGGAGACAGUAAGAAGAGGAGGUGGUGACCUUACUUUCUGCAAGCUUCCUUUUGCUCAAAGUUCUCAAGAGCCAAUCUCUUGUCUAAAAAAAUAUUUGCCAUCUUCGCUGAUUUUACUGUAAGAUAACUUUGAUUUAAUACUAGGUGACUGUAUGUUCCUUGCUUGUUUAAUUCAAUCUGGUAUUUUUCUGGAAAAAAAUAUUUUAAAAGAUACAUUUGAGUAAGUAGUUAUCUUCUUUUUUAAAGAGAGAAAAAAAAUCACAAUUAAAAGAUACAAAUGGGACCCAAAAGAAAAGAAAGAUAAACUGUAUUAUACAAGAAAAGUAACUAUAUGUAUAUAUAUAUAAAAACUCUAAAUAAAUGUAAAAGUAUCAUACCACCG